CCGCUUUUGCGCAUGUGCAGGGUGAACGGCGGAGAAGGUGAAGAUGGCGGCCGCCCGGGCUGCGGCCCUGGGAGUCCGAUGGCUGCAGGGGACAACCCGAGGCGUGGUGCCACUGGAGGCACGGAGAGCCUUCCAUAUGACCAAGGACAUGUUGCCGGGGUCAUAUCCCAGGACCCCAGAGGAACGGGCGGCGGCCGCCAAGAAGUAUAACAUGCGUGUGGAAGACUACGAGCCAUACCCAGAUGAUGGCAUGGGGCAUGGUGACUACCCAAUGCUGCCCAACCGAUCACAGCAUGAGAGGGAUCCGUGGUAUGAAUGGGACCACUCAGAACUCAGGCUGAACUGGGGUGAACCGAUGCACUGGGACCUAGACAUGUACAUCAGGAAUCGUGUGGACACAUCUCCUACACCUGUAUCCUGGGAUGUCAUGUGUAAACAUCUCUUCGGCUUCGUGGCUUUCAUGGUUUUCAUGUUCUGGGUAGGGGACAUGUUCCCUUCCUACCAGCCUGUGGGUCCGAAGCAGUACCCUUACAAUAAUCUGUACCUGGAGCGAGGCGGUGAUCCUACCAAAGAGCCUGAGCCCCUAGUUCACUAUGAUAUCUGAGAAGGCUUGAUGGGCUUUUGUGCCCUCGUUCCUAGAGGCUUAACCUUAAUGAAAUCCCUAAUAAAGCUCAGUGCUCUGGU